UCUGUUGGAAUAAUAUAAUUGUUAAUUAUUUAAGUGCAAAGUAGUUUUUUUGAUACCUUCUCUUUUUUUUUUGCAUUAAAUCAUACCGGGAUGUUUGCUGAAAUUGAUUGGAUGUGGCACCACAGCCCCACCAAUGAAAAAGUUCCACCAGCCGCCACUGGGUAUUAAUAAAGAAUCAGGAAGAAUGCUCAAUGUAUCAUUGCAUCUCUAUUACUGCAAUGAUUUAUGACUGAGUGUUUUAUAAAAAAGGAGGUGGGAUGCUGACUUGCACUCACACCCUAAAGGCGGACUGAGAACUCCAGAAUGCGGACUAAGCGCUCUAGAAUGCGGACUGAGCACUCCAGAACGCGGACUGAGCACUCCAGAAUGCGCUCCGAGCACAUGUAGUCAGUAUAGCUGGAGAUGCCGAGCAGCACCAGAGGAGCGCAGCGCACCACACUGUGGGAGCGCACAGAAAACUUGUAGACAACAUUAUCAAUAUCUUUUCUUCUUUCUUUCUUUCUUUUUUUAAAUCGUCUGAGAGGAAAUAUUGGGAUACAUUUCAUCCAUUUGGAGCAUUUUUUUCUAUUUUCUUUAUGAUGCACAUAUAUGAUUGAUUUUUUACCUGAGGUUAUAUCAAGGGAGAAAGCGAAAUGGAGGCUUUUACGAUACAGGACAUGCUCAUAAAUUCAACUGAUCUCAACAAGAUUUUGUGUAAUUUUGGGAUCAGGAAUCUUUCAGAGUGCGAGAGCGAGCAGGAACCUUCACACGAAAUUAAAGACAUCAACCAGACAGUGAGGAUCUUGCUCUACAGCCUCAUCUUCCUCCUCAGCGUCCUGGGCAACAGCCUCAUCAUCGUGGUCCUGGUGAGGAACAGGCGCAUGAGGACCGUCACCAACCUUUUCCUGUUGUCUCUGGCCAUCAGCGACCUGAUGGUGUCUCUGUUCUGCAUCCCCUUCACCCUCAUCCCCAACCUCAUGAGGGAUUUCAUAUUUGGCACCGGCAUGUGCAAGCUGGUCAUGUACUUCAUGGGUGUCUCUGUGUGUGUUUCCACGUUCAACUUGGUGGCCAUCUCCCUGGAGCGCUACAGCGCCAUUUGCAACCCGCUGACCUCCAGGUCGUGGCAAACCAAAUCCCACGCCGCCAAGGUCAUCACCGCCACCUGGGUGGCGUCCUUCAUCCUGAUGCUGCCGUACCCCAUCUCUAGCGGCCUCAAGCCCUUCACCCGGCACAACAACAGCACCGGGUUCAUGUGCCGCCUGGUGUGGCCCAAUGACGUCAUCCAGCAGUCCUGGUAUGUGUCCCUGUUGUUGCUGCUCUUCCUAAUCCCCGGGAUCGUCAUGAUGACAGCCUAUGGACUCAUCUGCAUGGAGCUCUACCGGGGCAUCUCGUUUGAGCUGUCCAGCAGGAAAUCUAGCAGAGAAAGACAAUCCAGCACUGGCAGCAUCAAGCCUGGCGACAGUGACGGUUGUUACCUGCAGCCGUCUAAAAAGAAGAGCUUCUCAUUGGGUUCAGGCUCCAGCAGGAAGUCCACGGUGAGCCGUGUGUGCGGCAGCAGCCCUGGCAACCUGAUGGCCAAGAAGCGUGUGAUCCGCAUGCUCCUGGUCAUCGUCUUCCUCUUUUUCCUGUGCUGGACUCCCGUCUUUGUGGUCAACGCGUGGCAGGCUUUCGACCGGCGCUCGGCCUACCGCCUGACCGGGGCGCCCAUCUCCUACAUCCACCUGCUGUCCUACACCUCGGCCUGCGUCAACCCGAUCAUCUACUGCUUCAUGAACAAGCGCUUCCGCCAGGGCAUGCUGUCCACGUUCACCUGCUGCAGCUGCUUGACGAAGAGUGAUGGAGGGGGCGGCGGCGGCGGCGGCGGCAGCAUGGGGAGGUCACCUGGAAUCAGGGCAGCUAACGGGGAAUCGGGCAGAUUAAGAGCAGGGCCAAAGACCUCUGAGCAGAAUGGUCAUACCCCGCCAAGCGGAGCCAACACACGCUUCACUUACACCGGCAUCCGUGCAUCGGCCUGGAGUGAGGUGACUUAAACUGGAUUGUGUGUGUGUGUGUGUAAGAGCUCUGGCCUGAGUGUAAACACUUGAAGGAAAUCUUUGUUUUAACGUCACAGUGCUUAUAGGACUAGUUUAUGAGCAGCUGCGUCGCUUUAGCUUUGGAGUGUGACACGAAGUGGGUACAAUAGUUAAUGACCGUGGAGCGGUAGAGGUGUACAUUCAGUGCUUUCACAGCAGAUAUCAACACAGCCAGAUGUUUUGUGACUGACUAAUGCCUGAUCAUAUAAAGCCUUGAAGGGGCCUCAAGUCCGACACAGCGAAGGGAGUGCUUUUAUGAAGCAGAAUACCAAUUCAUGUAGUUUACCACUCUCUUUAAAACACAUUUACCACAGUAAGUGUAACUUCACAGAUAGUCCAAAUAGUGUUUCCAGAGAGUUCAUUGUUUCAAAUGUGCACCACCAGGUGAGAAAUAACCAAUCGGUGCCAGAAGGAUUAGACUGCAUGUUAGGAUCAGGUCUAUGUUUUCUCACUUACCUGUAAUGAACAGUUCACACAACACCGUCUGCUUCAUCUAAGUUGGAAAAAAAACGUUUAUGACAAUUUGCAAAAAAAGUACUCACCCUAUAGGUGGUAUUCUUACGUGACUAUAAUCUCACCUCAAGGGCAAAUUAGUAACUGCCUUCAAUCAUAGCUCAUCUUCAUCAGCAGAUAGUUUGUCCAGUUGGUCCAAUUGGUCAAAAAUGAACUCAACUUUUAAGCCUACAUGGAUGAGAGGUCCUUAAAGCGCUCCUAACAAAAAGGGAAAUAUGAACAUUUACAUUUCUAUGACAAUUGGGCAAACUGCAGCGUGCUGAUGAAGACCAUGUGAUGCGAUCAAACAGCUGUUUCCAAGGUCAAGAUUGAACCGAAGUUUAGCUCCUCAACUAGGCUACAUGUACAAUUUACAGGAUAUUACCCCUCACCAUAUUUUAAAGCAUUUAUGUUUUUAGUUCAUUAAUGUAUUUUUCCUAACUGUCCAGGCAGCCAUUGGCUCCUGAAUGCAGCAUUACAGAAAUUGCUAAUUCGAUUUCUCUUUCAAGAGUUAGACGAGAAGAUCGCUACCGCUCUUACAUUUGACUUUCUGUAUGGAAAUAACUGCAGACUAAAGGCUUUUCCUGGAAGAUGGGGAAAAUACAUUUAAAAGUCGGUUGUGGUCCUUUAAAAAACACAUUUGUAAACAGGCUGUUUGUUUGUCAUCUGUCACACUGCAAUGCAACUGUAAUCAGCAGCUUCAAAACAGUCCUCCGGUGCACAAACAGUGCUGCUCUCGUCCUUGACCCAGUUUGUAUGGAUAUGCCUACAGGGGUUGUACUGUGUGUGCUAUGGGAACAGGAGAGGCCUUAUCAUUUAGUGACACCUGUAUCCCCUCUUCUUCAAAGAGCGAGUUCCCGGCAUUACCCACCCGAUGUCCACUGAUUCAUACUGUUAAAUAUAGCAGCGUACAUGUAGCAACUUAUUUUGUUUUCUUGUUAAUAUUGUUGUAUAAAUUCGUACUUUUUAGGUUUGAUGCAUUGAUGGAGAUUUUUGUUUUAUUGCAUGAUAAUAUGAUAAUGUGCCUGCCCUAUUUUGACGGAAGUUCUGUUAAACCUGCACAUAACUGAAUGUAAUUUUACAGGUUUAUAUAGUAGUACAUCUGGAAGUGGUUUUCGGGGACGUGUUCUUUCGGUUAUGUACAGACACACGAGCCAUCUCCGAAUAACCAACGUCUGGUUGACCAUAUAAAGACCUCGAGCGCAAAGUGUGCAGAUGCGUCUGCGAAGGCUUUGGGCAGAGUAACUUGGAGCUUUUAACGGCUUUAAUAAGAGUGGAUCUAAAAGGACAGAGGGCAUUAGGGCCCAGACAAGUGGUGGAAAGAAAAAGGGGAGUCUGCUGGGACUUCUUCCCAAGGAUAAGAGCUCCAUUUGGGCUUGGUAGACACCCAAAGCCCUGGGAGACGCUUAACUGUCACUGGAGGAAAGGACGACACACAAGUCUGGGUUAUAUAUUUGUACUAUUUUAGCUAAUUAUUUAGAGUUUAAAAAAAAAAAAAAUGUUUAUGCUUCUGUUGACAAAUUAAAAACGUAACACAAAGUGAGAUUUUAUAUCACUUUUUUUAUUUCUCAUUUUUAUGCCAAUAUUGCAAGUUUUUUUUCACGUUUUUUUUUCUUCUUUUAAUGACAUACAGAUUUGAGCAUGAUCUGGAGCUGCAAUAUGUACAAAAAACAAAACUAACGUUAUGUUAUCAAAAAAAAAAAAAAUACAACCGUCCCCUUUUGUUUUUGACGUUAUUGCUAAAUGUUACAAACGGCACAGGUUUCUACCAUCAGCAACCCUCUUUGAGCACUGAGUAUACUACCACAAUGACACCUCUGCUUACCAUUUACUAGAAUAAUACACAGAUACAGUGAGAGUGAAAGGAGAAAGGAGAGGAGAG